UUGUCCUUUUUCUUUCUCUCUGGCUUUCUAUAUAAAUACAUAAUUUUAGUUGUUUGAGAGUUAUAGUUUUUCUCUAUUAUCCAUCCAUUGAUCCAUCAAUACUAUAUCUUGUUAGUUUGCGAUCGAGUCUCUCUAAAUUAAUUAAGGUCGGUGGGUUGAUAUGGUGGAUCUUGAAAUCGUAUGCUGCAUGUGCGGUGACGUUGGUUUCACAGACAAACUUUUCCGUUGUAACAAAUGUCGCCACCGCUUCCAACACUCUUAUUGUAGUAACUUCUAUGGAGAUCAAUUAUCGGAGAUACAAGAGUGUGAUUGGUGCCAAACCGAAGCUGCCAAAAGCACUACUACUACUACUACUACUACUGUUUCCUCCUCCAAUUCCAAGAAACCACCAGCGGUGACCGUAACGAUCAAUAGUAGUAAUUCUGGAUGUUCCUCCUCCUCCGGCGACAAAAUAAUGAAGAGGAAGAGUCCAGUACCUUCACCAAGACAUGCCACACGCAGGUACAAGCUUCUCAAGGAUGUAAUGUGUUGAAUCCAUCGUAUGAUCCAAUACUAUUAUAUUAUUAUAGUAUACUAUAUAUAUUAGUAUUAUAUAUAGAAUUAGCUAGCUAGUUGUGUAUGUGUGUACGUGACUUUUUGUACAUAUAUGUUUAAUUAUAUAUGAGUGUGUUUUCCUUCUA